AUGCAGAGUAGAGGGAGUCCCCUCGAGACGCUCGUCUACUCGGUCCUCCCUGGACUGAGCCAGCUCCCACCACGCGAGCGACAAGCACGCGUCGACGAGCUCGUUGAGUACGCCGACGACAUCCUUGCUAGCCGCCUCCCCUCAUCCAUUCCCCUCGGCGCCGGCGGAUUACCUGACGCAGCUCGCCGUCUCCUUCCUACCAACGGUGACGCACUGCGCUUCAACGCGCUCUGGAGCGCCGUUGAGCGUAACCGCACCCUCUCUGCCCCAAGCAAGCAGUUGCAGUUUCUCCUCGCUCUCUCGUCCCUAAACAGGACAUCAGAACCGACUUUUGCUGCAUCUCCUCGGCGACAACACACGCGCACCGACUCCUACGGACUCGGUACUCCGGCGCCGCCGCGUGCUGCUGCGCCGCUUGGCGAACCGUCCCGCUCCCCCGCCUCGCCGUCUAAGCUGGGACGGAGCAAGGCGGAGCUCCUUCGUGAGUGGCGGACUGAGCGUGGCCGUCGUCCCUUCCCUGAACACCUGCUCCUCCGUGACGCGCUGUAUCUGCUGCAAGGGAUUGAUGGGCGGUACGUCCGCUUCGCUGUCGCGCCGCCACCCGAGCGCAACCCGUACCUCACGGAGCGGGGGCGGGAAGGUGAUGGAACGGGUUUUCCACUCGGCGCGAAUGGGCUCGUGGUUCCCGUCGACGCGGAGCCACAGGUCGUCGGGAUUGAUAUUGUGGCAGACGAGCCAAGGGAAGGGUAUAUUGCCAAACCGACGAGGAAUAUCCUCGUACAGCUGUCUGAGCUCGGCGUGCUGUAUCGCCGGAUAACAACUUUUAUCAAGGAGCACCAGGCGGCUGGGCCGAGCUCACGGAGCGGCAUGGUCGUGCAAAGUCUAUGUCACUUUCUCCACCACGAGCUGUCCGAGUACCACCGUCUGCUGGCGGUGCUUGAGUCGCAGAUGGACCUCACAGGACCCGGUGAAAUUGCACCACCAGAAUCAGGCCUGACGCUCAUCCGACUCGGACUGUGGACAGAGGACAUGCGCCUCAAGCUCCGACUCAUGGGCUCGAUUGUGGACGACGCGCAGAGCGCACACGGUGGCGCGCUCGUGUCCAAGAUCCACAAACACACAGCUCACGGUGACCCAUUGGUGCGCCGCUUUACGGACCAGAUCCUCGAGGAGGUGUCCAAGCCCUUCUUCCUCACACUGCAGCGCUGGAUCAUCUCGGGAGAGCUGCAUGAUCCGUUCAACGAGUUCUUCGUCCAGCCCAACCCCGAGAUCACGAGCGACGACGUCAACGCCUACGCGGCUGGCGACCUCGGCUUCGAGGAGGGACUCGACAGUGGCGGCGGGGCGAAUGACGCACACCAGAUGUGGGAGAAGAGAUACAUCUUCGUCAAGGCGAUGAUGCCUGGCUUCAUCAACGAGGACUUUGGCAAGAAGAUAUUCUCCACAGGACGCAGUCUUAACUUCAUUCGCUAUAACUGCUACGACAGCGACUGGGUGUCUGAGCAGGCGGCGUUGUCGAAGCUCGAGGCGCUCAAGUACAGUGACCUGAACGGGCUCGAGCGCUCGAUUGACGUCGCCUACUCCAAAGCCAGUAAACACCUCCUCGAGAUCUUUUACGAGAAGUACCACCUCAUGGACCAUCUUGUCGCGCUCAAGAGCUACCUGAUGCUCGGCGCGGGCGACUUUGUCGACCUGCUCAUGGAAUCACUAUCCGCGCGUCUCGACCGUCCAGCCAUCAGUCUGUAUCGGCAUCAUCUGACGUCGGACCUCGAGAGUGCGAUCCGCGGUUCGAGCGCACAGUACGACCCGCCAGAUGUACUGCGCCGCCUGGACGCGCGCGUGAACGAGUACUCGCGUGGCGAGAUCGGCUGGGACUGCUUUGCACUCGAGUACCGUGUUGAGUCACCACUGAAUGCGGUGCUCGACGCGCGCGCGAUGGAGGGCUACGCCCGCCUCUUCCACCACCUGUGGCGGCUGAAACGCGUCGAAACGGCCCUCACAGAGGGCUGGAUGCGCGUAACCGCUGCAAGCCGGGCGUUCGAUGCCUUACCCUCCCAAGACGGGCUGUGGCACAGCUCUCGCCUAGCGCAGGCCGAGAUGGUGCACUUCCUGCGCAACAUGCAGGCGUUCUGUCAGCUCGAGGUGAUCGAGUGCAGCUGGACUGCGUUGGAGGAAAUCACGGAUAGAAGGGACGGCGAUCUCGACGCGUUAAUCAGCGCCCAUCGGACAUAUCUCGACCGAGUGGUACGCAAAAUCCUCCUCCUCGGCGUUAACAAGGACGACAGCCUGCUCCGCCUCGUACAGGAGGCACUUGGGCACAUCCUCGCCUUCAAGACGGCCACAGAAGACCUGUUCAAGUGGAGCCUAGGCGAGGCGACGCGGCUUGACCGUAUUCGCGGCAUCGAGCGCGGGUUAAGCGCCGACGACUCGCGCGCUGCCGAGGCUGAGGGCACGUCUUCGCGCGAGAAGCUCGAGGAGAUCCGAUCACGCAUCUCCAAGUGCUCGCUCGGCUUCCAGGACACGGUGGGGAGUGUGUGCAAGGAGGCGGCGGCACAUGCCGACCUCGACGUUAGGUUCCUGGCAAUCCGCAUCGCAUUUAAUGGACACUACUCGAUGCGACGUGGGAAGAAGAAGGCAGCGUAG